GAUCAGUUCCGUAAAACGCACCGAAGCAUCGAGGCUCAGUGACCCAGUUCAAGCCUUCCGCAGGGCAGGUGACUUACUUCCCCAAACCAACCGACUCAAAAUCAGGUGAACCUGUUCCGCGUCGCAAUUGGAUCGUAUUACCUGAGGAUGUCUGCUACUGCUCUUUGCCUGAUUCGCUGUAGAAGACUAAGCACAGCAAACCAAGGAUUAAAGAAAACGUUGUUUUGGGGAAAUAUUAAAACAAUAGCAAAGGUGACUGGAGCAGUCGUACUGGGCGGCUGUGUUUUCAUCACCUAUGAGGUGGUCUCCCUGAACAAGGCGGUGACCGUCAACACGCAGGCCAUACUGCAGGAGAAGCGCAAAUCCUACAUCUAUCUCAACACAAACCUGAAAGAGCAGGAGAACAUCGCUUCUAGCCUUACGUAUAAGACCAGGAAAGAACUACACAAAGCAGCGAGAAGAUUUCUGGAAAUCUCUUCAAAGAUCCUCCUGAAGCCCGUGGACGAGCACCUGAGCGGACUGGAUGCAGACCCUCAUGAGUACGCCCUGUGGGUGUUGCUCAAACGCACCCGGGCAGCGAGCAGAGCAGAGAGACUGCAGGCCGUACAGGAGCUGGCAGAGCACACACACUGGCACGAUUACCAGUACAGAACCGCUGCCCAGGCCGUAGAUCACCGGACAGCCAUAGGCCUGGCCCGCACCCCGCAGGUGGACCUGCGCUUCUUCCUCUCCCCUCCACUGCUACCCGAGGUGGCAGACGGCUUCUCAGUAGAGGACAGGCUGAGGCAGCUGCUGGCGUCCCUGCCCCAGGCGGAGGUGGACCAGUGCAUUCAGUAUUUCACCUCGCUCGCCCUGAGAGAGAGCAGCCAAUCGCUGGCGGCGCAGAGGGGAGGGCUGUGGUGUUUCGGGGGGAACGGGUUGCCCUACGCGCAGAGCCUGACCUCGGUGCCCUCAGAGAAGGUGGAGUCCUUCUGCCUGCAGGCGCUGGUGCAGCACUCAAAGGUCCCCAGUCACUGCGACCCCAUAGUUGCCGGCGGGGGCCUGCAGCUGCUACAGCGGGUGUACCAGCUGCGGAAGGACUCCCAGAAGAUCCAGAGGAACAUCGUGCGCAUCGUGGGAAACCUGGCCCUGAACGACAACCUGCACAAUGCGAUAGUGCAGUCAGGGUGGGUGUCUGUGCUGGCGGAGACGAUGCAGUCCCCCCACAUCAUGCAGGCUUCGCACGCUGCCAGAGCCCUGGCCAACCUGGACCGGGACGCUGUGCACGAGAAGUACCAAGACGGGGUGUACAUCCUGCACCCCCAGUGUCGCACAAGCCAGCCAAUAAAAGCAGACGUCCUCUUCGUCCACGGCCUGCUGGGGGCCGCUUUUAAGACCUGGCGCCAGCAGGAUCUGACGGAGGAGGAGAAAGCCGCGGGCACCCGGGAUGACUACACGGAGUGCUGGCCCAAGUCGUGGCUGGCGGCCGACUGCCCCCACCUGCGCAUCCUGUCUGUGGAGUACGACACCCACCUGAGUGACUGGAGGGCAAAGUGCCCCGUCGAAAACCAGAGGAAGUCCCUGGCCUACAGGAGCCGGGAGCUGCUGAGCAAGCUGAAGACGGCGGGCGUGGGCGAUAAGCCGGUCAUUUGGGUGGCGCAUAGCAUGGGAGGUUUGCUGGUGAAAAAGAUGCUCCUGGAUGCUGUGAACGACCCUGAGAUGCAGCCCCUGCUGAAGAACACGAAGGGCAUCAUGUUCUACAGCGUUCCCCACAACGGGACCUUCAUGGCGGAGUACUCAGUCAACGUCCGAUACCUGCUCUUCCCCUCCAUAGAGGUCAAGGAGCUCUCCAGAGACUCGCCAGCGCUUCGCGAACUCAACGAGAACUUCCUGAACAUGGCCCAAGACCGGGACAUUAAAAUUCUGAGCUUUACGGAAACACGUCCCACCAACGUCGGCCCCAUGAUCAAAAUGGUGGUGGUGCCAGAGCAGUCAGCUGAAUUGGGGAUCGGUGACUUCAUUCCGGUGGAUGUGGACCAUCUGAACAUUUGCAAACCGGAGAAAAAGGAUUCCUUUCUCUACAAGCGGAGUUUGCAGUUUAUCCAGGACACACUGGGGUCCCAGGUCAUACACUGACUUCAGGGCCUUUUGUUUUUAGGGCACAACUCUGUCUUAACCAGCUUCGUGAAAUACUGCUGUUCUUACAAUCCAGUGGAGGAAUACAGAACGUUUUUUGGAAUUUGGAGAAGAAAAUGUCUUUCAAACGAUGUACUCUGCCAAUCUGUGGUGUUGCUCUUGAUUUGAAUUCAGUUGUGUUUUAAAGGGUGUCUGCUGUCUCAUGGUCAUUUGCUGAGUAACAGCUGUUGUUUUGGGGGGGGGGGGGGGGCAGGUUGAAAAGAUUAAUUUUGAGAUUUUAAAUAUGAGCGAUAAUUAUAAAGGAAACAGAAAAAUGUACUUGCCAUUUACUUUGAGAGAUUGUUCUGGAAUGGUGCCUACUUGUAAAUACUGGAGGAAAGUUGAGUCCCAUAGCAUUUCAAAUGUACUGCACUCAGUGAGGCACUGAUACUCCAAAUGUUAUGUUCAUUUUAUCCCAUUCCCCCCUGAAUUACUAAGACAAAAAUAUACUUAUUUAUAUAUUAACAUACCCAAUUAUUGCCCAGUUUAAAACCACGUUUCCUCAUUUACCCACUUCUACCUCAGGUGCCAUUUAAAGCAUUAAAAAGUACACAUUAACAUUAUGUAUCUGGAAGUCAAUGUCUCCACUUCCAUUUUAAGUGAUAACCCUAGACCUGAUGAUCAGUGUUGUUAUUUAUGAGUUACAUGUGAAAGGAUCACUUUGACUUGAAUAUGGACUAUUCAGAUAUGUGGAAACAUCAAGGCGUUGUCUAUAAAUUGUGUGCACUUAAUAAACGGCCCGUGUUUAAAAGAA